UCUCAAAUGAACUUUCAGAGAUUUUUGAGAAAGUGAGUCCCAGUCACAGAUUGAGAAGCAAAUAUUCUUCAAUCAUCGGUCAGGAGGGAUCUUUUACCCUCGGAAUUAUAAGAAACGGCAGAUUCUGAGAAGCUUUAAACGCAGUAAUGGUGUAAAUUAUAAGGCAAGCUUUACAUGUUAUUCCUUAUAGGCGAACUAUAUGCAUGGGUUGUACUAUAUCGAACGAAGAACUCUCGGACAAAAAAUUGUAGACUUUGUAAUCCGCUCUACAGUGAGACAUACCAAUAUUUUCGCAUAUAUGGAGACAAUUUUUCCUAAAAGAUGGAUUCCUCAGGUACAAAUGCUUAAAAGGAAUAAGAUUAGGAUUAUAAGAAGGUGGCCAGAUUUAGGUUUGGGUAAUAUAUUCAACCCUAAAAGCACUCGACAUGGCCUAAAUCCUUCUGCAUCUACAAAUUCUGGUUAUUUUGGCGCUAGUUAUUCAAAAAUUAUUUCUCAAAAGCUAUAGCCCACCUGGCUCCUUUUAGAAGACCAGUCUGGAACUAUCUUUUCCUUGCGAGUAUCCUGAUGUACCUAAAUACUAGGAGGCGUAUAAAUAUUAGAAGAGGAUGCCCUAAAUGUAAGAAGACCAAUGAAGAAGAUCCUAGCCAGCUCUCCUGAGCCUCUCACAGUAGUGUAUUCGAGCAGGAGAUUUACAACGCUUAUCUUGAGAAAAAGCAUGAUCUUCAGAAGAAGGCACUGGACGAAUUAGUGAAAUACCUGGCUAACUCCAAGGUCAUCAAGGUUAAAGGCGAUUCUGAAGAGCUAGACAUUAAGAUUCAUGAAGAAGUUGCUCAAAAAGUUGCAGAUAAAUUAACCACUCUGGUUGAGAUUCCCCGAAUUAAGAAAUUAAUGGUAGAAAUCUUCCUAAAAAUGCUAUAUGACGAUGGAUUCAACCGCAUCACACAUGAGUUGACUACUAAGAUUAUUGAUGAGUAUCUCCAGAGCGAGCACUGCCUCAGAAUGUCCACUGAUUUAGUAGCCAAUGAGGUCCUAGCUAAUGAAGAAGUCAGAGAAAAUCUAUUCCAGCUCUUGGAAAACUUCUUAUUAAGGCAAGAUGUAAGAGAAGACGGUGUUAACCAAGAAAUGCUCCAGAAAGCAGAAGAUAUAUUCCACUCAGUCCUCAAACAGCCUGGUGUAAGAAAGUAUGUCAAAGAUAACCUUCACGAGCAACUUCAGAAUGCAAUGGAGAAUGAAGGAGUGAUUAACCAAGGAAUUAAUGCUGCAGCUAAUUCUCUAAAAUAAGAAUUAUCAACCA